GGGGCGGAGCGGGCCGGAGAGUGGCGGAGGCCGGCGGGCGGCGCGCGGCCGCGGGACAUGACUGCCGGCCGCCAGGCCGAGGGCGCGGACGCGGAUGCCGCGUCCGCGGAUGCCGCGUCCGCCCGGGGGCCUUCCCGGGUGGCCAAACUGCUGUCGGCGCUCUUUUACGGGGCCUGCUCCUUCCUCAUCGUGCUGGUCAACAAAGCGCUGCUGACCACCUACCGUUUCCCAUCACCAAUUUUUCUUGGAAUUGGACAGAUGGCAGCUACCAUAAUGAUACUGUAUGUGUCCAAACUAAAUAAAAUAAUUCACUUCCCUGAUUUUGACAAGAAAAUUCCCGUGAAGCUGUUUCCUCUGCCUCUCCUCUAUGUUGGAAACCACAUAAGUGGAUUAUCAAGCACAAGUAAAUUAAGUUUGCCGAUGUUCACCGUGCUCAGGAAAUUUACCAUUCCACUUACUUUACUCCUGGAAACCAUCAUACUUGGGAAGCACUAUUCCUUGAACAUCAUCGUCAGUGUUUUUACCAUCAUACUUGGUGCUUUCAUAGCAGCUGGUUCUGACCUUGCCUUUAACUUGGAAGGCUAUAUUUUUGUAUUCCUGAAUGAUAUCUUCACAGCAGCAAAUGGAGUUUAUACCAAACAGAAAAUGGACCCAAAGGAGUUAGGCAAAUAUGGAGUGCUUUUCUACAAUGCCUGCUUCAUGAUUAUACCAACUCUUAUCAUCAGUGUCUCUACUGGAGACCUUCAGCAGGCUACUGAAUUCAAUGAAUGGAAGAAUGUUCUAUUUAUCAUACAGUUUCUUCUUUCCUGUUUUUUGGGGUUUCUGUUGAUGUACUCCACAGUUUUGUGCAGCUAUUACAAUUCAGCCCUCACGACGGCAGUGGUUGGAGCCAUCAAGAAUGUAUCCAUUGCCUACAUUGGGAUGUUAGUUGGUGGAGACUAUAUUUUCUCUGUGUUAAACUUUGUAGGGUUAAAUAUUUGCAUGGCAGGGGGCUUGAGAUACUCGUUUUUAACUCUGAGCAGCCAGUUAAACCCUAAACAAUCUGUGGACGAAGAAAGCAUCCCUCUGGAUUUAAAGAGUUAGGAUCUGGGGCAGAAUCGCAGCCUGGCUUGCAAACUGGGAACAUGCAGCGGCAUUCCCACAUGUAGGAAUGUGGAUCCCGAUGUUCUGGUCAUGGGCAACACUUACCCCCCUGCUUAAAGCACCACAGGAACGUCUGCAAAAUACAGAGAGAAUCUACCUCAUGUGCUGCUGCACGGCGAGCCCUCAUCAGCCCUGAGAAAUGUAUUUGGGCAGAGCUUUACCAUCUGAAAGUGAAUCUUUCACAGUAAACCAUUGGUUAAAGGUAUUAUUUCCAAAGGUCUUGCACAGGCAGAGCACUGAACGGUUGGUGACCCAUCCAAAUAUCUGUGUUGCUGUUUGCCAGUACCUUGUGUGCUAAGAGGAGGGGAAAGGUCGAUGGUGUGAUUAUUAUCAGCACGUUGGCCUUAAUUUUAAAGGUCCCAGCCAAAGCAAAGUGCCAGUGAGAGCAUUUUUUUUUUUCAGUUUAAGCAGACUUUUCUUUAUUUUAAUAAAGUUAGCCAGUUAGCUCCAAGUUAUUUGUUAGCUCUGAUUUCAUUUUAUAUGUUGGUAUCUUUUCCCAGUCAUCAAAGUAAAAUAAAAAAAUAAUUUAUACUCA